GGUCAAUAACCUGAUCACAGAUCCAAGCCCACCGAAGAGCAGACGAGCGCAGGGCGAUGCACGUUGGUACCACCACUUGCUGACAGGAUAGAACCGUGUGAGGGCAUACGCCAGCGUAGAAACCAUCCGUCCAGUUUCAGUGAUCUGCUCCCUUUCCGUCCGGCUCUCCCUCGCCCGUGCGCAGGACUGUUCGAUAUCACACUACACCAUGGCUAUGGCAGCCGCCGGUGGACCACCAAUUGCACGGGUGCGCACACAAGGUUUCUCCGGCUACAAUGUUGCCUGGAGUCCCUUUUUCGAGAAUCGCUUGGCCGUCGCCGGCGCAGCCAACUAUGGCCUCGUAGGGAACGGGCGUGUACAUGUCCUUUCUGCAGAGCUAGGGCCAGGGCCCAGUGCUGGUCUGACGGUGGAGAAAGGCUACGAUACACAAGACGGUCUCUACGAUGUAGCAUGGUCCGAAGUGCACGAAAACCAGCUCGUUACUGCUAGUGGCGACGGAAGCAUCAAGUUAUGGGACAUUGGACUCAACGACCACCCAAUUCGAAAUUGGCAUGAGCACGGGCGGGAAGUAUUUUGUGUAGAUUGGAAUAAUCUCAAGAAGGAGCUCUUUGCAAGUAGCAGUUGGGAUGCGAGCGUACGAAUAUGGCACCCCGAACGUCCGACUGCGCUUGCCGCUAUCACAGCGCAUACAGCCUGCGUCUACGGUUGCGCCUGGUCGCCACACGACGGCGAUCUGAUCGCAUCCGCUUCGGGUGACGGCUGCGUGCGGCUCUUCGACCUGCGCACUGGCGGCGGCGCCGCACCGGGAAUCGCUGGUGGGCCCACGCCGGGGGUGCAGCACCAGCCCGUUGCGACGAUCCCCGUUGGCGGCGAGGUGCUGUCUCUGGACUGGAACAAGUACCGACCCAUGAGGAUCGCAACAGGCAGCACCGACCGCGCGGUCAAGGUGUGGGACAUGCGGUUCGUCGGCGCGGGCAAAACCCCCGGUGUCGCGGGCGGCGAAGCGAUGACGAGCGCCGUGCUUCUUGGGCACGAAUACGCCGUGCGCAAGGUCGCUUGGAGCCCGCACGCGGCAAACCUCGUCUGCAGCGCAUCGUACGACAUGACGGCGCGCAUCUGGGAUGUCGACGCCGCGCAGCAACAGCAUAAUACGGGCGCAGGGGGGAUAGGGAUGGAUGCAGGACCCGCCCUCCGGAAAAUGCACGACACGCAUACUGAAUUCGUCGUCGGCGCCGCGUGGGCGCUGUUCCAGGAGGGUCUUGUGGCUACGUGUGCAUGGGACUGCGAGACGCAUUUGUGGAGUGCGCUGGGUUGACACGCGUGAUAAAAUCUAAGAUGGUCCACAAUCGUUCGGCCAGCCAGCCAGCUUAGUGCGUUGCCACUCAUACAUGACUUGCAUGCUCUGUUGUACCGUACGAGAUCAGAUCUACCACCCCAAGCGUCC